AUGAGUACAAUCCAGAGCAGUGCACACAAGGAGGGAUCGAGCGCAAAUAUCUCAUCUAUUGGUGAUUCUUACGGAGAGAACGGUCGCUUGCACACAGAUAUCAAAUCUCUUUCUACACAGGUCAAUCAGAGUACUGCAGAAAUCAAUCACUGGAAAGCGGAAGUUGAAGCUCUACCUGCCAGGCUUCAUGAUAUCCUCAGUGCAGAGGUCAAUAUGAUGAGCGCAAAGUACCAGGCCCUUUCUACAAAGGUUGGCAAUGACUUUAACGAUAGUCCACAAGCUAUCAAUCGGGGUCUUGCUGUUGGCCUACCUCUUGGUCUCGACAUCCCUCUAACCAUAGGUAUGGUUUUCUUGUUUGCCAUGUGGAUUCGUAGCAGCAUACCGCGAUACGCAAAUAACAAGGAAGCUGAAAUGUAUACCGAAGUGCGCAAGCAGACAUAG